UAUUGCUGAAAAUUAUGGUAUUAAGUAGCUUACAUAUUGUUUAUAUGAUAUAAGUUUAAUAUCAUCACAGUUAUGGUAUAUUGUUUAAUAUCAUUCUACAGUUUAUUUAUUCUUGGAAAAUAAAAAUAAAAACAGGCAAAAUUUGGUAUUUAUUCUUGGAUAAUAAAAAUAAAAACAGGCAAAAGUUGGUAUUUAUAUUCAAGUUGAUUUUCGUGCAUGUUAAGGACACACAAGAAAUUAUUUAGUCGGUUAUAAAAUAGUUCUCUUCGUGCCAACUAUUAUUCUAAUAAGUCGAAUACUCCAGAGCUAUAUAUCUAACGCUAAAUAUAGCUAACCGAUAUCGGAUUACGUUUGAGAAAUAGAUAACAUUUAUGUAGGUUAUAUGCAUGGAAGAGAUAGUGAAAGUAGGACUAAAUAUUUUCGCAAAAUUGUAGUGUGUAUAAAGCAAAAAUGGCGUCCAUACAAGGUAAUGACUUUGAAAGACAAUCAGAUGAAACUUUUCAAUUGUUAUGUUCACCUUGUAAACGUAAGGAGAGGAAUAAAGAAGCGGACAAAUAUUGCACGGACUGUAACGACUAUUAUUGUUCAGAUUGUGUUAAAUUUCAUGAAGAUAUUCCCGCCUUAUCUCAACACAAGAUCCUGGACAAAGGUCAAGCUAGAGAAGGGACUAGCAAGGGUUUGCCUAUUGCUCCGACAGAACGAUGUGAGAGACACAGAUUUAAACCUGUUGACAUGUAUUGUCAAAAUCACGAUGAUGUUGGGUGCUACACCUGUAUGGCAGUAGAUCACAGGUCGUGUCAGGAUGUAUUCUAUAUUCCGGAGUAUGUAAGAGACAACGAUACAACAACUGAUUCUGCGGACGUUCAGAAAGAGAUGCAAGGGGUUGCUGAUGAACUUAAACGUCAAUUAGACAAAUACCAACGGGAAGUUAAACGCCUUUUCAAAAGAAAAGAAGAAGAGGUUGAAAAAAUAAAAGCAUUUCGGAUACAGAUAGAUCGUAGACUUGAUGUUGUAGAAAAGGAAAGUAUUGAUGAAAUAGAGAAGAAAUAUCAAGCCUUUAUCCAGAAGAUUGAAGCUGACAGUUGCCAGUUGAAAACAUCGCAACAAGACGUCAGCUCAUCGCACGAUAGCAUUACUUCAGGUGGUUCUAACACGUCACAACAGUUUGUGAGUAAGAAAAGAGGAAAGACGGUCACCGAACAAGCUAAGAAAUCUAUAGCAGACAAGACGACAGACUUUAUAAAGCGCGACAUAGCUUUUGAAUGUAAUCAGAAGUUGCAGUCCUUGCUAGAGGAGUUAAACUGUUUUGGCGAAAUCCUUCAAAAACACGUUUUGUAUAAACUUGAAGGUAAGAAAUUGUACAAUAUGAAACAUGUGUCAGACACGCUUAUUUGUGGUAGACUUGGCACCUGUAUACUGCCUGAUGGAACUGUGAUAAUUGCAGAUUGUAGUAACAAAACUCUUAAACGCCUUGAUCCUUCCUCGUAUGCUGUAGAUGAUAUACUUAAUCUUCCGAAUGGCCCGUGGCAGGUCUGCACUCUUGAAAAGAAUGAGGUCGCUGUAUGUUUUGGAUCAGUUAGCAAUAUCAACCUCGUGGCUGUAAAAGGGAAAUUGCAGGUAGUAAAGGAAAUAAAAACCAACCACAAAUGUUAUGGUAUAGCGUAUUACAAUUCUAAUAUAUAUGUAUCUGACUCACAGACGACUUUGUUCGUCUACAACAUGGCGGGGACAAAGCUAACGCAAUUCUCCGAAGAUCAGUCGGGACAAGCGUUGUUCAGAGACAUUUACCGUAUUGUUGUAAGUAAUAAUGGCGAGAGGAUUUAUGUAGCUGACACUAAUUAUGGUUUGAUAGUACUCAAUAUGGAUGGGAUGCUUCUAGGGAAACAUAACACUUCUGAACUUAAAGGCGUCCGAGAUAUUUGUGAAACAAAAGGUGGACAUGUUUUUGUAUGUGGCGAAAAAUCGAACAAUAUUAUUCAGUUUGCACCAAGUUGUGAGGUAGUUGGAGAAGUACUUUCGCGGGAAAGAGAUAAAGGUGGCUGCCAGGCGAUUUGCUUUGAUCGUCGGCGUUCAAAGUUGAUAGUUGGGCGAAGUAGCACGGAAGAAAUUGAAAUUUACGACGUAGUUUAAAACAUGAUUUCAUAAAAUAUGGCAGAAUAAGCUCUCAGCAUUUUUGACAGCUAUUUCGAGUCUACAUUUAUUUGCGAAAUAUACUGUGAUCAAAUCAAGAAAACAGCUUAAACAAAACGAAUGACAUCAACGGUUAUCAAAAUGAUAUUGCAA